GAUGCCAGUCUCCCGGGAAAGGCGCAGUCCCCAGCUGGAGCAGAGCGAGGGACCAUGCCGUCCGGGGCGCAGGGAUAAAGCCCCUCGGCCCCAGCCACCGGUUGGUUCCCCGCGGCCGCCCGUCUCUCCUCCCCACGCCGGGGCUCGUCCUGCCGGGAAGCGCGGGCUCGGAGCAAGGGGCUGAGCGCCAUGCUGUCCCACAGCGCCAUGGUGAAGCAGAGGAAGCAGCAGGCGUCCGCCAUCGCGCGGGAGGCGCACGGACACGACGUGGACGGCAUGGACCUGGGCAAGAAGGUCAGCGUCCCCAGGGACAUCAUGCUGGAGGAGCUGUCCCAUCUCGGCAACCGCGGGGCCCGGCUGUUCAAGAUGCGGCAGCGGCGCUCCGACAAGUACACGUUCGAGAACGUCCAGUACCAGUCGAAAGCGCAGAUCGACUACAGCCUGGCCGUGCAGAACGGGAAGGUGGACGGCGGCCCCCUGGACGGCGGCCCACAGCCAGCGCCGUUCACGCCCCCCAACAGCCCAGACCCGAGGAGCCCCCCGAACCCAGAGAGCAUCGCGCCAGGAUAUUCUGGGCCGCUGAAGGAAAUUCCUCCGGAGAGAUUCAACACCACGGCUGUCCCCAAGUACUACCAGUCGCCCUGGGAGCAGGCCAUCGGCGGCGACCCGGAGCUGCUGGAGGCCUUGUACCCGAAACUGUUCAAGCCCGAGGGGAAGGCAGAGCUGCCCGAUUACAGGAGCUUCAACAGAGUUGCCACCCCCUUUGGAGGUUUUGAGAAAGCAUCCAAAAUGGUUAAAUUCAAGGUUCCAGAUUUCGAGCUGCUACUUCUAACAGAUUCCAGGUUCAUGGCCUUUGAAAACCCUCUUUUGGGCAGACGGUCCUUCAACAGGGCUCCUAAGGGGUGGGCAUCAGAGAACAUCCCCAUAGUGAUCACCACCCAGCCUGCGGAGGACGCCACCGCCGCGGUGCCAGAAUCGGACGACCUGUAAGCAGGGGGACGUCCCUUGCGCCCCCGGCGUGCCGACCGUGCCCUUUCCUUGUUCCGCUUCCCACACUCUUCAUCAGUAGCGAUAAUGUGAUAGAAAUGUAGCCGUUUUCCUUUGGCAGCAUUUUGUUUCCACUGCAGAUCGAAUACUAAUAAACAGCCCGUAACUCUGU